AUGAAAAGCUUGAUACAUAGAGGUAUAAUACAAAUCCAUGCGGUUAGAGAGACAAAUACAAUGUGAGUGUUUUCCUGAUUUUAGAAAAUCAAUUGAUUUUGCAGACUUGAAGAUGAAAUAUUUCGAUUAAGAUUCGAAAAUUUGAAACACGAAGGUGAAUAUGAUCCGGAGCCUAUUCAGAACAAAACUAGAAUUAGUGGAGAAAUCGAGGAUGCGCAAAAAAGUGCAAGCAGUUCUGUUGAGGUGAGUUUUAGCACUGAAAGUUUGCUCCAUACCAUUUGAAUUUCCGAAAAAAUCAAAUUUGCAGGGACAACAAAAUGAAAUAGAAGAUGAUUUGGGUUUUGAUCCGGUCGAGUUUAUAAAAUGGUGGGAUUCGUUGAGAGAGGAAAGUGAGGUUGUCAGAUAUUUGAAAGGAAAAGUGGAGACUUGUCAAGGAUUUGUGUUGGAUGUUAGGAAUGAUGGAAUUCAGGUGAGAAAAUUAAAAAAGAAAAUUUUUUUUGACAAAAAAGAUUCAGAAAAUGUAAAAAAAACUACAUUUUUUCGACACAAAAAUGAAAAAUUGAAAAAAAAUGUUUUUUUUAUUUUGCAAAAUCUUCAAAAUUAAAAAAAAACCAAUUUUUUUCAGGUUUUCGUCCCAAAAUAUAGUCUCAAAUCAAUAAUUGUACUCCAAAACUCCUCAGAUUCAAAUACAAUUAUAGAUAUUGAAGAUAUGAGUGUUCGAGUUGAUGGAGAAGUUGUGAUAAGAGAAUUGGAGCCAGUUACUGUUAGGAUUAGUGUGAAUGAGAAGAAUCAGCAGAGACCGAGAGUUGAGCUAAGUUUGGUGAAGCCUGAGAUUCCUGGAUUAUCGGUCGAUUUUGAUUUGUCGACUUCGGAAGGUCUUGGAUUAUAA